UCUCCUUUCCUUUGAAGGCCAAUCAUCUCUUACUUUCACCCCAUCUCUCUUCCCUCUCCCAUUCGCCGUUUUACUUUUCUUUUCUUACCAACGCAUUUUCCUUCGCCUUUGUCAUAACACCAAUAACACCUUCUUCUUCUCUCUCUCUCUCUCUCUUCCACUCCACUCUUCUCUAGGCAUGAACUCUUCUUAUAUUCUCCACCCUCUUUCCAUUUAAACACUGAAAUGGGUUCAUGUUCCUCUGUCCACAGAAGCCAACAACCCAACAUGAAGCACCUCACCCUCUCCUUCCAACCCAAAGCUGAAAACCUCCUCAUUCCUUCAUCACCCUUCAAAGACAACCCCAAAAAUGGAAACUUUGAGGUUGAUGAUAAGCCUCACUGGUCACCCUCUCAGUCAGCCACCACCUUCUCUGUCACAGACUCUGGAGAUAAUGAUGGCAAAGAGGAAGCAUAUUUUGAUUCAAAGGCCUGGUUAGACUCAGAUUGUGAUGAUGAUUUCUAUAGUGUCAAGGGUGAGUUUACCCCAUCUCGUGGCACCACCCCAGUGCACCACAUUUUUCUCAAUAAAACCCCUUCUUCUGAUCCUAGUUCUGUUCCUGAACCAUCUCCAACAACUCAAAAGAAGAAGCUGUUGGAUCUUUUUCGCGAGAGUGUGAGAGAACACCACCAAAAUGAUGAUGCUGAGAACACUUGUGACAAUGAAAAGAAAGAAGUGAAACCAACAAGUAUACAUGAUCUUCUUCCUAUUUCUAAAUCUGCACACAGUACUCCUUAUGUCUCAGGAGGCAAUUCUGCAUGCAGUAGUGAAAGAACAAUGAAUGAUGAUCAUGCACCCAUUAGAGAGAAAACAGUUAAAUCUGUGCAAUGCUGUCUUCCAAGCUUGGUUUCAUGUAGUAGCUUCACUGAGAGGAAGAGGAAGACAAGUCCUGCAAUAGCAGCUAAUGGAAACGCUUGAUGUGCUAGCAAUGUAUCUCAGACAUCAUCAUGGAAUUUAAAGGUCAAUGAAUUGGAUAUGAUAAUGUACAUCUUUAAGGUUAUCCUUGUAAAGAGCUAAGUAGCAAUAUGAAUUACAAAAGCAUGUACACAAACGGAAGAGAUGUUUUAUGUCAAUAAGCAAUGGGAUUUUUGCUUCAUAA